AUGUCGAUAUCUCGGGGUGCCAGCAUCGAAAGCUUCCACCUCAGCAGAUCUCCCGCUGAUCGCGAACCACUAUGGAUUGAGAAUGCCAUGGAAUGGAUGGACGCUGAGCACAAGGACAGGGCUUUGUGGGAAGACAUGCAGAUAGAAUGGGGGCGGCGGAAGAUAUCCGAAUACACCAUUUCCCUCCCCAAUAAUGCUUAUGUGGUCAGCCACAUCAACACGCAGGAUCUACCGAGGCCAAAAAUGAAACACAGAGAUAUUAUCGUUGACAACUGGACGGCAGCGGGAGGAGAAUUGGCUUCUCUUCAAAAGAUCGCCGUUACCUUCAUUACCAACAGCGAAGCCUAUAUCUGUAUCGAAAGUGCUUUCAUACGUCUAAAUACGCAUCUACCCCCUUUUUUUCUCUGCACACAUAUCUUCAUCUUCAUAACUUCGACAGGCACGCUAAUGCAAAACAGUGAUCGCAAUAGCCCCGGAUGGCGAACACUGGUUACAGGAAAUCCAUUCCUAGAAGGCCAGCAGAAGAUGCUCAGAGAGUACAGACAGCAAUUUAACCGCGCUAAGAUCGGAAAAGUGACCGUCGCAGCCCAUGAAAAGUCAGACAUGAUCGACAUGUACCUCUUCAAUAUGGUGACACACCUCGUGCAUCCUUCAAGUAUUCCUCAAGAGGACCCUGAGCCUGAACCAGAAGCAGAACAGUCUCAGCCAUACCCCUCGCAAGACUACCUUCACCAGCAAUUUCCUCAGGGGAUACAAUUUUCUAAUUGGAACAAUGGUCGUUACUAAAGUACAGUGGAAUUUUAAGCAUAUUUCUGGAUGCGGUGGAUUCGACAGGAUAGAUACCAAAGCAUGUCAUACUCUCAGCGAGUUUAGCGGAGUUCGGAUUUUAAGGCAUUCAGAAUAAAUGUACAUGCCAUUAUCAAUACAGCAUCUACUUUACUCUCUCCUU